AUGAUGGAAACACUAUCAAAGUUCCGCCUCAAAGAGCUUGAGGGGUCUAGGAAGCAACGUGAUGCUUACCGGGUCAUUCUCACUAUUAUGGUCAAUGUGAAAAGUACUGUCGGUGCUGUCAUCUGCCAUUGUCCCGCGGCAGCUGCCGGCUGGGCUUUAGCCUGCCUAGUUGUCAUACCUAUAACAGAGCAUGUACAAGAGAUCGACGCAAACCAAGAGGGUCUCAACUAUAUCCUCUCGAUGCUGCCAUGGUUCAACAAGCUGGUUGAUCUAGUGAAUUCGGAUACUUGGAGUAACACACCCUCGAUCAAAGAAACCCGAAACUUAAUUCUCAAAGACAUUGUCAACUUAUACAGCCUCUUGAUUGAAUAUCCGAAAGCUUUCAUGCCGAAAAGCAUUGGUUGA